CGGAGGGCGGCGCCGCGGGGCUGGGGGCGGAUGGGGCGCCGCGGGCGGGCGGCGCGAGCGCGGGGAUCGCCGGGACGCGGGCGUUCGGGGCUGUGACGGGGCCAGGCGGGCGCUGCGGCCCGCCCGGGAUGGGCCAGCCCGGGCCCGGCGGGGCCGAGCCGGAGGGGCGAGCGGCGCGCGGGUCCGGCCUGCGGGGCGGGCGGCCCGGGGGCUGAGGUAGAAGUGGGCGCGGAGGAAGGGGCCGAGCCAAGGCGGUGGGUGGAGCGGCGAGGGGGGCGGAGGCUGGGCCGCGGCGGGCGAGCGGAGCGGAGCGGCGCGCCUGUCCGGAGCUCGGCGGCGGCGGCGGCGCCGGAGGAGGCUGAGCGAGCGGCGGCGGGCCCGGACGAGAGCCGGAGGUGGCGGACGCGGCGCCGGGGGCCCCCAUGGGCGGGUGUGUGGGCGCCCAGCACGACUCCUCGGGCAGCCUCAACGAGAACUCGGAGGGCACCGGAGUCGCUUUAGGGCGCAACCAGCCUCUGAAAAAGGAGAAGCCCAAAUGGAAAAGCGACUACCCCAUGACAGACGGGCAGCUGCGCAGCAAGAGGGAUGAGUUCUGGGACACCGCACCGGCUUUUGAGGGCCGCAAGGAGAUUUGGGACGCCCUGAAGGCUGCGGCGCAUGCUUUUGAGAGCAAUGACCAUGAACUGGCACAAGCCAUCAUUGACGGGGCCAACAUAACCUUACCGCACGGUGCGCUCACAGAGUGCUACGACGAGCUGGGGAACAGGUACCAGCUCCCGGUCUACUGCCUGGCGCCGCCCAUCAACAUGAUCGAGGAGAAGAGCGACAUCGAGACCCUGGACAUUCCCGAGCCGCCCCCCAAUUCCGGAUACGAGUGCCAGCUCCGCUUGCGCCUGUCCACGGGCAAAGACCUCAAACUGGUGGUCCGCAGCACGGACACGGUGUACCACAUGAAGCGGCGCCUCCACGCGGCCGAGGGCGUGGAGCCGGGCAGCCAGCGCUGGUUCUUCUCCGGCCGGCCGCUCACCGACAAGAUGAGGCUGGAGGAGCUGAAGAUCCCGAAGGACUACGUCGUGCAGGUCAUCAUGAGCCAGCCCCUGCAGAACCCCACGCCGGUGGAGAACUGAGCCGCUUCCGUCGGCCGGGCCCCGGGCCCCUCUCGCUCCUCCCCGUUGUCGCCCCCUCUCCGCGGCGUGAAAUUUAGUUUCACUGCUCUGAGUUCCGUGUAAUGGAUUUAGUUCUGAGGAAUUACCAGUGAAAAAUUCCAUCUGUGAUGGAGACCAACAAAAUAAUUAAUAAAACGCAAAGAGCUAGCCUUUGA